AUGGCUUUACAGGCUUUCACCGGUCGUUCACCGGCCCUGUUUGAUUCCUAUGCCGCGAUUGCAGCUCUUGAAGAGGUAGUUGACUUAGCACAGAAGUAUGCGGAUGAGCGAUACUCGCGUAAUCAGAUAAUCCUCAGAAAGUGUCGCCCCCUGGUGGCAGACGCAUCCUUACAGAAUAUCCUGAUCAAAUUAGUGGCCUCGAAGGAGGAAGCUGAGAUUGCUAAGGUAAUCGAGAAGGCGAGAAAGUCAAGCCGAGCAGGGGAAAGUUUUUCACCACCUGUUACAGCUGGGAGAACAAGGGGACCCUCAUAUGGAUACCGAAGAGGUCGUGAGUCCCGAAGAUGCUAGAACUGUGGCCAGCUGGGCCAUUUGCAGCGUGCGUGCCCAAAGGCUGAGGCAUCUAAAGGCCAGUAGAUUUCUUGUAUGAGUGACUUCCAUUUAUCUUCUGAAUUACUCAAAUCAUUUGUGCAAUUUUUUCAUAAGGGUCUAACGGAAUAAAACGUCUUGUUUGUUGUUCCCUUACCUUGUGGUGUGCUGCCCUUUUUUUUUGACGGCUUAGGUUCAAGAGAGUGACCCCACAAGUUGUAUGUCCACAGGGCAUAUCCUUGAACCCGCGAAGCGGGCUAACCGUGGUCAUCUUUCUUGGGCUUGGGUUGGUAUUUUUUUCCUUAGUCAGUGUUUUGAUUUUGUUUUUCAUAUCCAUUUUCUAGUUUGACUGCGAGGUAUUAAACGAAUUUAACCCCCGUGGAGUGCAGAAAUCUUCUGAGAUUAAGUGGGUUACUGUUGAUAGACACCCAAACCCAAGUAAGAUGAUCAGUGUUGGGAAAAUAUCCGCUGACGUUGCAAGGAUAGAAAUGGGGGAGGAGGGAAAUAUGAAUAAUCUGCUGUUCAGAGACCCUUCAAGCUUCAGGGCGGCUGAGAUCCACAAACACAUUCCAGUGUGGGAGCGCAUUUUGGAAAACAACCCGUUCAAGGAGCAAAUAUUACAGUGGUUGCAGUAUGGAGUGGAUGUCAAGGAAUUUAUCAAACCAUUCAAAGGAACGUUCAAGGGCAGCAAAUAUGAUUCGCGAUUUCCUCCCAGAAAACACUUAAAAAUCCACCAGUCGUGCAAACUGUUUACAGAGUUCAUCUCUAAAACAUUGGUGGAAAGAAUGAGGACGGGGGCAGUUCGUGUUUGGGGUAGAGUAGGAAUAGUAGAACCCCCCUUGGGUCAUCUUACCUAA